GUAUCGAAAGCCGCCAAGAGGUCAAGAAGAGCAAGGAUGGAUGCACUCCCCAUAGUAUAUACUAUGAAACUUACAACAACAGGAUCUUCUUCAUCUUAAAAACAAGUUAUGCUUUGCCUUAACUUAUGAGCAAGGCAUGCAACCUGUCCCAGGAUAAGUCCUGGGUUCAAGAAAUCAUGCCAAGAGAAUAAUAGUACAUGGUGUUCACAGCUUGCUUGGUAGACAUGAGGAACACCGGCCAUGAGGCUGCUACUGCCCAUCAAGGUUUUUUGGCCAAGGAAAUGAUCCAACUACUUGUAAUGGGCAUUUCUGACCCUGUGUAACACUGGCAUCUUUUUCUCAUAGACACCAUGGUUUGCACUGGAUGCUGCUCCUGCUUGGACCACAUUGUCACUUAUCUCUUCAAGCAGCUGUCCCGCAGUACCAAAAAGAGGUCUGCCCCAUUGACCCAGGAAAGCGAUCGGUUCCUACACAUCAUGCAGCAGCACCCAGAGAUGAUUCAACAGAUGCUAUCCACGGUGUUGAAUAUCAUCAUAUUUGAAGAUUGCAGGAAUCAGUGGUCUAUGUCCCGGCCCCUGCUUGGCUUGAUACUACUCAAUGAAAAGUAUUUUUCAGAUUUAAGGAAUAGCAUAGUCAACAGCCAGCCCCCUGAGAAACAACAAGCUAUGCACCUCUGCUUUGAAAAUCUCAUGGAAGGCAUUGAGCGCAAUUUGCUGACAAAGAAUCGUGAUAGGUUUACACAGAACCUUUCUGCGUUCCGCCGAGAGGUAAAUGAUUCUAUGAAGAAUUCUGCCUAUGGGGUAAACAGCAAUGACAUGAUGAGCUGACAUCUCGCAAGAAGCCACUCUCUGGGCUGGGGAGGUUAACUUUUCCGAUGGAAAGACAAAAGGGCAUUUCCGAUCCCUGCUGGUCCUUGGGGCUAGGCUGCAGGAGGGAGGGGUGUAAAAGGUUCACUAGGAGAGGGUUUUUUUCCUUGGGGAGGCACAAUUGGCACCUCCCUGCGUGAAUGUCGGAGGAACCCCGUGUCCUGCCACAGCCUGCCUUGUAUAAACAUGUACAUUUUUUCAUAACAUUUUGAACAAGGUUUAUAUUGACUCAA